GACGUCACACCGUAAACAAAGAUGGCGAGAAUGCUGUGCAGAGCGAGCAUUCUCCUCUCGCUCUUGGCCUUUUCUUUGGCCGCCGAGACCUUGCACACGGUUGAGGAAGAGAAGGACACGUGCACAGACACCUGCACAAAGCUCUAUUCACCUGUCGCCCAUUUUUCCAGUAGCAACAAUGAUGCCUGUGAGCGAGGCUGCCGAUUCUACACGAUCAGCGAAUUUGUCUCUGACGGGCCAGGCCAUGGCAAUGCAGUGGACGGGAAGGACGCAAAUCCUGUAAAGACGACGUGUUACAAUUCUUGUGUUGAAGCCUACAAUGAAACUUCAGACAGCACAGUUGCCUGCAAAGCUGGCUGCGAUGCCCAGGAACGAACAUCACAGGACAAAACUAAAGUAAAUUCCUCUUCUUAGUUCAUGGAG